AUGGCAUUCGCUAGUAGAGAUAUUUUCGAGAUUCUAACCAUUGAUAUCCUUCGGAUGACAACAGACGGUACUGGUUCCCGUUUAUUCAGUGAAGACGGCUUCGAAAACACGCAAGUGAUUAUCCUGGACAGCCAAGAUGAUGGCCCAUAUUUUGAUCUUUGGGGGCUGUUUUCCAAAAAACCUAUAAAAAGAAUACAUGAAAUUACCGACUGGAGUACAAUCACUCCUACAAAUAUAAUUAUCGCCCUUGCAGGAUCCAGCAACCCCCUGUGGCAGGGAGACUGGGGAAGCCAUUCGUUUGAUUUCUAUCAGGCUGGAAUUGAAGUGAUAGAAAACAUUUUUGAUGUUCAGGCGGCGCAGGAUAGUUCCACCAUUCUGGUUACGUAUAUUGAUCGACGGCAAAAGCGGAGACUGAUUGAUCAAGAGGAAUAUUUGAGGGAAGUUCAGGAGAGAUUCCCGCAUAUUAGGGUCCAGAAUGUAGACUUCGCAAGCAUUCCAUUCAAAGAGCAGAUUUGCAUCCUUCAGAAAACCGAUAUCCUAGUGGGUGUUCAUGGAGCGGGAUUGCCUCACGCUAUGUUUUUGAAGCCAAAAUCUGUCGUGGUUGAAAUUCUGCCAAGCUCCUGCAAUUUUAAUAUGUUUCAACAUCUUGCUCGGCUCCGAGGGCAUAUAUAUUAUAGUGCUCAUGGUGCUGAGGUAGAUAUUGAUCCGGUUAAACGUGACCGGGAUCUCAAGGACGUCACAAUAUCGAAAGAAAGAUUCUUAAAAUUGAUGGAGAUGGCUAUCAAAAGUCUGUACAAUACGGGGUUGCGGAGUUAUGAUGCAGUUUAG